UGUUUAUAUAAAUCAACUUAAGUGGUUUCCAAAUUCUUCCUAUCAAACAGAGAAACAAAAACAUUAUGUAAUGCAAAGGUGCGUGCGUCAUUUUCUAUUCGUAAUCAUGCAACAUUACUAUCGAUGAUGUUUCACAGAAAACACAGUGAACAGAACGACUGCGGAGCGGAGCGAAGGCGGUUUUGGUGCAACGGGAUUCCGAGCGGAGUGAGAGCUCUUCGUCUGCGCAAUGAAACAACAUGUUGCCUCUCAGCGUCGCUUCACUGAUUCACUUACCGCCAAUGCCCUCCUCGGUGUUACAGGCUACACAUGAGAUAACAACAAGUUACGCCACCGCGGAGGCCUUAGCAUGCGGUCACUCCCGGACGACGUUAGCUUCGCUCGGUUAACGUUACCGCUCUCCAGCGCGUUAGCAUUAGCUUAAUGCUAACACCACGGGCGGUCGCUCUCGUCAUCCUCCGCACGCCGGUGACCCGAGGGCGACUUGUCGCUUUAUCUGUAAGGUAGCUGAGAGAAGGAGAAACCUUGUCUUCUGACAACAUGGCGCCGCACCCUGUGGUCCAAGCCGCCAUUGACCUCUCCGCGGGGGCUGUAGGUGGAGCUGCGUGUGUCUUUAGCGGGCAGCCUCUGGACACGGCGAAGGUCAAGAUGCAGACCUUUCCCAAUCUCUACCGGGGUUUUGUCCACUGCAUCUCAUCCACCUACAAACAAGUGGGUCUGCGCGGGCUCUACCAGGGCACCACGCCGGCCCUGAUGGCCAACAUCGCAGAGAACUCCGUGCUCUUUAUGAGCUACGGCUUCUGCCAGCAGGUGAUCCGCUUCACGGCCGGACUGCACGCCGAGGCUGUGCUGAGCGACGUGCAGAAAGCCUGUGCCGGCUCCGUAGCCUCCAUAUUCUCCUCACUGGUGCUGUGUCCCACCGAGCUGGUCAAGUGCCGGCUGCAAGCCAUGUACGAGAUGGAGUCAUCAGGCAAGAUCGCUAAGAGCCAGAACACAGUGUGGUCCGUGGUGAAGUCCAUCAUGAGGAACGAGGGACCUCAGGGCUUCUUCCAGGGCCUUACCACCACCAUAGCCAGAGAGGUCCCUGGCUACUUCUGCUUCUUCGGGGCCUACGAGCUCUGCCGCACCACCUUCGCGGACCACAUGAAGUGCGACAAAGAGGACUUAGGUGUGGCUCCAAUCAUGUUCAGCGGAGGUUUCGGGGGGGCGUGUCUGUGGCUGGUCGUCUAUCCCUUUGACUGCGUCAAGUCCCGCAUCCAAGUCAUGUCCAUGACGGGCAAACAGGCCGGCUUCUUCAAAACCUUCACGACCAUCGCUCGCGCUGAAGGCGUGAGGGCACUCUACUCCGGUCUGGCCCCCACCAUGGUCCGCACCUUCCCCGCUAAUGGAGCUCUGUUCCUGGGUUAUGAGGCCAGCCGCAAGCUCAUGAUGAAAAAGUUUGACAGCUAGAAUUUGCACAGCACAAAUGAUGGAUACUGAACUGGAAGUGAAGUAUCGUUGCGACUAAUGUCAUCAAAACUCCAGUUGAAGCUUAUUGUGUGUGGGACUCUGUGUUUAACAAAACUACGCCUGAAGGGUUUUUCAAGUCAUUUAAAACCUUGUAUUAAUUGAUUUUUAUGGAUUUUAGAUUUAAUUUAAUUUAAUUUAGAUUAAGAUUUGUUUUGAACUCCGCGUGAAUACUACGCCAACCCAAACUAGAUAUAGUUUGUUUUUAACUCCCCGUAAGUACUAUGCCAACCCAGCACAUAUAUGAGAAACGUAUAAGGGCAGCACAGUAUUGAGCAAGCUUAACCGCCCCACCUCUUUGUGAGCAACUGUUAACACUCCAGUUUGAUAUUAGAUGUCUACCUCAACAAAGUUGAAAUCCGCACAGAGCCAUCUCCCUCCCUCUCAAUUCCAUUCAUUCAUUACUUUCUCUGCGAGCUGAUAGACGGGAAAGAGAAACGCUGGAUGAGGUUGUCUUAAACACGCACAAUCUUUAAAGCACCGUGUGCAGUGUUUAUCAGCGGACCUCGAGCGAGUCUUCUUCCCGGAGAGGUUGUUGUGAUCCUCACUUCUAAAGCUUUUAUUUAUAAAAGUGAAGUGGCAUAUUCUGAUUUAUUUUAAGUUGCCCCACAAUGUGGUGAGAUGACUUGUGUUUGCAAUUAUCGAAUCAUUCACAGCUUAUUUUUUGCCUCAGUUUGGGACCAAGUCUCAGUUUGUUUCAGUAAUGUGGCAAAAUAAAAGCAAUGUUAUUUUCUUUUUGAUUACUGUUCACAUUGAGCAGCUUUACUCUUUCGACAGUCUUGAAAGAUGUAAAAGUUUCAUCAGCUUAAAAAAACCCAAAGCCAGCAAUAACUAAUAACUAAACAGGGUGUUUUGUCUUCAUGUUUUUACACUCCUGUUUCCAUUAUUUUGAACCCAGUGUUGAUCUUUUUAAAUGACUAAACUUUGCCUUUUUUUUGUUGGGUAACCUGAAGGGUUCCAUACAAGACAAUGAGAACAUAUCAGCUGCCUCAUCGAAUGUGCCAUUUCAACUGCAUUCCUCCUGCAGUUUUUUUCCAGUAGUCAGUGCUUGUGCUAUUCUGACCGAUUUGAGAAUUGUAGGUAUUUUAAAAUGCAAUUUGGAACGAGUGAAAUGUUUGUAUAUAAAUCGCAACUUAUAUUAAAGGUUUCAUGGAAGAA